UCAGUCUUAAAAACGCAGUCGCAGCAUUAAAUAAUUUAACAAACUACUUUAAAAUAUUCAAAAGCUAGACUUAAAUCGUGACAAUGCCAGUGGACCAAGUUGUUAUUUCCUACAUCCGCAACCGCAACUGGAUAAAUGUCCUGCUGCUCAGAUCGAUGGAUCUGUAUAGGGCGGUCCUCGGGGAAAGUCGCAGCGAGAGGAUCGAGGUAAGCCCCAACGGGAUCUGCUGGACCGAACAGAACCUGGAGUACCGCAUCAUGGUGGACAAGUUCUUCGAUAUUGAAAUCAAAACAGAUCAGGGCGAGCCGCCCUAUUCCCUUGUCGAAGUGGAAGACAACAACGUGGCCUUCGGCCUUGGACUCCGGCGCAUCAAGCACCGGGUGCUGGAGCAGCUCACCGUUGACGUGCAGCAGGGCAAUCUAGCCCUGCGUAUUGACCCAUUGACGCCCUACUCCUUCCACUGCAGCAACUGCGCCAAUGAGCUUAUUGGGCAGAGGCAGUUCCUCCAGGUCAAGCCGGUCCCGUUGACGACCAUGAAGCCGCAGAACUACUUCUGCCACCGCUACAGGACCGCGGAGUAUCCCAGGGAGGAGGAGCUCUUCUUCGGCCUCAACUACCUGGUGAUGUGCACCCAGUUGCUGGGCAACGGGGUCGCCACCACCCAGGGUCGCCGUCGACUGGAGUGCUCCCGCUGCAGGCAGUGCGUGGGCGAGUUCUUGGGCAGAGAUGUGGCCGUGCAUCUCUACGCGGAUGCCUUGCGGCUGCUGGACGGGGACUCCCCCGAGAUCGAGUUCAAGGAGAUCUUCGGCCAUGUGACUGCCACCCAAAUGAUGCUGCGCCUGCUGCACGACGCCGAGCCCAUUAGCCCGGACAAAUCGCGCCUCUUCCUCAAGGCCGUUCGUCCGGAUGGUCAGAUGCACUUCUUGCAAAUGCGCGUGGACACGCGUCAGCUGCACAUUCUGCGCUCCGAGCUGGACUUUCCCGAAGCACUGGAGUCUGGACAAGCUCUACCCAUGGAGACCGACACCAGCAGCGAAAGUGACUCCGAGAUGCAUCUUAACUACACCAGCAGCAGCAACUCUAAUCCACAAUCAGGCGACGAAGACAUGGAUCGUUCUCUUCCAAAGCCAAAAACCACUGAGGGAAUACCCCCGAAAUCCGUGCGAUAUGUGCAGUUGACUGGUUUUCACGGCUGCCGCGUGAAGUAUAUUUUCUCGGGAACUGAUCACGAAUUGAGCGAAAACCACGAGUUCAUCAUGGGGUGGCGCGAUGACGGCUGCCGCAAGCUGCGCAUCUCCUACGCGAUGAUGGCGGAGCUGAUCGGCGAGCUGCAUGCUAAUGAGUACCUGGUGGCCAACCUGGAAAAACUGCCGCCACCCUCCAAAUUCGACAAGCCCCGUGUCAGCUACAUUAUCUUCGAGGAAGACGAGAAGUUCUAUGCCAGGCAGCAGAAGUUCAUCAAGCAGGCCGGAUAA